GGCCAGGAAAACGCACAGCCUCCCCCUCCCACGCUCACUCCUCCCCUCCUUUAAAGAAACGCCCGAUCCAAAUAAAUAAUACCGUCCCAAGUCCACCGCGUCCUCGGCGGCCUCUCCUCCUGCCUGCCUUCCCCGGGGUGCGCGAGCCGCAGGCGGGCGUGCGGCCGGCCCGGGGCGCCACCAUGCUCCCCAGCGCCCUGGCGGCCCCCGCCGGCGCCUACUGGGACGUGGUGGCCUCCUCCGCGCUGCUCCACUGGCCCGCCGCGCCCGGCUUCGGCAGCCUGGGCAAGAGCUUCCUCAUCGAGAACUUGCUGCGGGCCGGGGGCGCCCCGCCGCCGCCGGGGCUGCAGCCGCCCCCGCCCCACGGCCCCGGGGCCGCGCUGGCCACGGCCACGGCCACCGCCACGGCCACCGCCACGGCGGGCGCGCAGGUCCGGCCGCUGCCCGCCAGCCCGGUGCCCCUGAAGCUGUGCCCGGCGGCCGAGCCCGCCAGCCCCGGCGGCGGCGGGGCGCCCUAUGGCACGCGGUGGGCGUUUCAGGUGCUCAGCCCCCCUGCGGACGGCGCCAGGCUGCCGGGCCGGGCCCCCGGGGACCGAGACGGCACCUUCCACCCUCCCGCCCCAGCGCCUUCCAAGCCUUUUUUCCUGACUGCCCCGCCGUUCUACUCAGCGUGCUGCGGUGGGUCCUGUCGGCGCCCCGCAUCCCCCACUGUUUUUCCAAAUGAGGAAAGCGUGCUGCCUCUCCUGGCACAGGACUGUAACUCCAAGGCUCGGAGGGGCAUUUUAAGAAGAGCCGUCUUUUCUGAGGACCAGAGAAAGGCUCUGGAGAAAAUGUUUCAGAAGCAGAAAUAUAUCAGCAAAAUAGACCGGAAGAAACUCGCCAUCAACCUGGGACUGAAGGAAUCACAGGUGAAAAUCUGGUUUCAGAACAGAAGGAUGAAGUGGCGGAAUUCCAAAGAAAAGGAAGUGCUUUCCAACAGGUGUGUCCAGGAAGCAGGCCUUCCGGAGGACCCCCUCUCGCGCUCCGCUCUGGGCUUCCCUUCACCGUGUCCUUCCCUCUGGGACCCCUCCCAACAGCACUCGAGUCCUAGGUGGAGGGAGAAUCUGCCAGAACCUCCAGAAAGACUAACUCAGGAGAGUUCGGGGCCACAGCCCCCAGAAGCCAAUUCACUGCGAGGUGCCUUAUAUUUGUGUUCUGAGGAAGAAGCUGGAGACAAGGGUGUACUUGUCUGAAUGGAAGUGUUCCUCCACGUUAACUUAAAAGAACACUUAACUCAUAAUGUUUGGACCCUAAAGCCAACUAGCUUGUGCCUCAUCAGUGCCUAAAACCUAACAGCGUCGGAGUGAUGCAGGAACUAAUGCUUUAGGAAACUUUUCCCCAGUGUUCUGUUAUUUGGGUCUUAGACUCAGACUUAAUGUGUAAGUGGAAUAGAAUCUCCCAGAAAGUGUGAUGGAAGUGAAAAAAAAUGAGAGUGGUAGUUGGCUCAGUCUAAAUAUGUGUGUGUGUAUAUAUAUAUAUGAUGUGUCUCUAUGUGUAUAUGUAUAUAAAUAUUCAUUAAAAUACAUUAGUAGAAACACCAGCUUCUCUUUAAAUACUGCAUUGAGCAAAUUCAUCUCCUUUUACAUGAAGAACAACCAACCAUUGGCCAAAUGUUAUUGAUUUUUAAAAAAUAUUAUAAAAGUUGGAUUUUAGUCCAAAUUUGUAUUUCAUCAGAACAUGUUUUUAAAAAUUUUCUAUUUUCUGGUUUCAUUCAGGAACCAGCUGUAAAUGAGUUUUAACAACUCAGCAAUCCCAAUUAAAUGAGCCAGUGUUAGAUACAUACAUUGAAAGUAUAUGCUUAAAGUUAAUCCAACAAGCAAACUAGAAGAAUUUCUGGAUGUAACUAUUAGUAUUCUUAAUUUCCAAGUCUCUAGAUUUUAUCAGGCCAUCGGUGAGGGAGGUACCCAUUUAACCAACGAUUAUCUUUUGAGCUCUUUUCUGUAAGGAUGGGCCUUAAUCAGGGUUUGCAAAGUAAAAAUGCCUGUAAGGGCCUGUCAGAUAAAAAAAAGGGGGCGAAGGGAAGGUGGUGGGCGUGACCCACCUAACGAUAUUUUUAAAAUAGUGUGUUGGCCAAACAAAAUAUCUGUGCCAAGCUAUUUGUGAUCUCCAGCUAAGACUUCAAGAAGUGUCACAGUUUUUUAAAUGUUCCCAUUGGACCUCAGAACACAAUACUGAAGGAAUCUAUAGUGAUUUCUCUUUGCACAUCUAGGUAGAGACUUGAUUUUCCACUUAGGUGGUAUACGCUAUGUAUGUUAGGUUAUUUUAUGUAUUAACAAACACCAUACAGAUGUUUUAUGUUUUGAAUACCCUGAAAUAGUAUUAUUAUAAAAUUGCCUUUCUGGUAAUGAUUUGCUUAGUUAAUCUAGAAUUUUUAUUCCAGGUCCAAGAAAAAAUUAUGUUUUCCUUUGAAGGAAAUGAGGCAGAGAAAAGGAAAUGAUAUGGCUUGAACUAGGUUAUUAUUAAUCUGCAGACAAGAAAUGGUAUUAGAAGUUCGUGAUGUGGCAUCUUGUUAGCGGGAAAGCUACAUAAAGAGAGUGGCUUCCAAUGUGCUUAUGUUCUUAACUGUAGGCUUGGAAGGUUUAGAAAAAGAGCAUUUCACCUCUAUGCUGAACACCUGAAACUAAUAUAAUGUUGAAUGCGGCUGUAAUUGAAAAAAUAAAACAUUAUAAGAAAAGAAAAGGUAAUAUUUCAGAAGAUAAUAGUUUUAGUCAGCACCAGGAAAUUAUUUUCUAUGAAUGGCAUUUGAAUUGUGUCUUUAUCACAAGAUCUUUUAUUGAAAAGACAUCUCAGCAGAAGCUUCUCAGUGCCUCCUUGUAAGAAAUAGAGGCAGAAAUCUUCUGACAAUAAAGCGAAAUUUUAAAUUAAAAUAUUCCUUAUUUUUAAGUUAUUAGUUUCAGGUGUACAACAUAGUGAUCAGACAGUUAUAUAACUUAUGAAGCAAUCACCCUGAAAAAUGAUUUAUAGUGGGGUUUCUUUGCUUUAUAUGAUGUUAACCUCAUUUACAGUUAAUGGGUCCAUUCUAUGUGCUAUGCCUUUAGGGUGGGUUAACUUAUGACAAUAACCUUCUGAGUAGGCACUAUUGCUAUCAGGAUUCCUGUUACCCAGACAGGGAGCCUGAGGCAAUGUGGUUAGGGUGAUUGGCCCAUGAAUAAGUGAAAUUUGGACCCUGGCAGUCAAGUUUCAAAUCUUGAAAUCUUACCAGCUAUGUGGGGGUGCAUAUGGGAUGUAUUGUAAGAUGUUGUUACACUUUGAGAACUGCAGUGAAAUUUAUCUGAAAAGUUCAGGACCAUAUUAUAUUUUACAAUUUCUUAUUUGGGGAAUGGUUUUCCUUCAGUAUUCUCUUCUCUGUUCACUUUAAAGAUUAAGGAAAAUAAAGAAUUGCAAAAGCCUUAGUCAUUUUUGCUCAGUGGAGAGAGCAUCGGCCCGAGAACUGAAGGGUCCCGGGUUUGAUUCAGAUCUAGUGUACAUAUCUUGAUUGCAGGUUCCCUGGCCCUUGUCGGGGUGCAUGCACAGAAGUCACCCAAUCAAUGUGCCUCUCUCACACAGAUGUUUCUCUCUGCCUCUCCCUCUCCCUUCCACUCUCUCUAAAAAUCAAUGGGAAAAUAUCCUUGGGUGAGGAUUAACAAAACAAAAUAAAAAAAGAAUUGCAAAAGCCUUUCACUAUGAAGCCUCUAGAGAUUAACUCCACAGGAGUGUAAAAUUGAAUUUUUUUAAUCACUCAUUGCUAAUAAGUAAUUACCUACAGUCCAUUUCUAUUGAGAAUACCUGGAAAAUCAAGAGAGAAACUGUCAUGGCCAUUGAUUACCCAGAUAUAUAGAAGCGGGCUAAUGGUACUUAAGUGAUCUUCCCCCAGGGUUUUACCCCAUGCUUAGACUCAGCAGAGGAUUCUCUUUGUAGGAUUGGCUUGAUAUUUGAAUAUACAAAUAAAUAUUCUAAUUGGUUUCCACUUUGGAAUGUGGUAGGCUUAGAAAAAGCACUCUUUGGAUGAAUAUAUCAGGAGUAUCUAGGAAACACAAGCACAUACACAUAGUACACAUAUAUAUGCCUGCUACACUCUUAACUUGGCCUUCACAUACCUGAGGUGUGGGUAAGAGCUGGAGAGCUUGAUAUUCAAAUUGACAAGGGUCUCCCUUCUCUCUUACCUUGUGCUCUGCUAGACCUCCAUUCACCUACUGUGUAUUACAGGUGUAUUUUCCUCUGUUAUCUACAUGCUCUCUCCUUUUCUCCAUGUGAUUACACAUUAGUGUAUUUGUUGUUUCCCAGACAAAUACUGCUCUAGUGAGCACCAGGACCAUAGAAUUCUGGAGUCAAAAGUACUUAAAAAAACUUUUUUUUUAAAGGAAAUUGUCAAAUGGAUCUUAAGCAGAUGAG